AUGGCGCUGUGGGCGGGGCUCAGACCAAAAGCAGUGUAGGAACAACGCUCUUUUAGUGUCCGCACCAUCACGUCUGUUGUCUCUUCCUGGAUUCAUUCAUUCUUUCCCCCCCCCUCCCAUUCACGGAGGUAGUGAGUAAGGCCUGGUUGAAAGCCAUGGAGCGCGCACUCCCAGCCGCCGGCUUCUUGUACUGGCUAGGUGCAGGCACCGUGGCCUACGUGGCCCUGCGCAUCUCGUGGUCGAUCUUCAUGGCCCUUCGGGUCUGGGUUUUGGAUCAUCCGGCGGGAGUCGGACCCGAGCUCGGUGAAUGGGCAGUUGUCACUGGUGGUACUGAUGGAAUUGGAAAAGCAUAUGCAGAAGAGUUAGCAAAGCAUGGAAUGAAGAUUGUUCUUAUCAGCAGAUCACAAGACAAAUUGAACCAGAUUUCCAGUGAAAUAAGAGAAAAAUUCAAGGUGGAGACAAAAACCAUUGCUGUUGACUUUACAUCUGAGGAUAUUUAUGCUAAAAUUAAAACAGUCCUGGAAGGUCUUAAAAUUGGUGUUUUAGUGAAUAAUGUGGGAAUGUCAUAUGAGUACCCCGAAUACUUCUUGGAUAUUCCUGACUUGGACAAUACUAUCAAGAAACUGAUAAAUAUUAAUGUCCUAUCUGUUUGUAAGAUGACACAAUUGGUUCUGCCCGGCAUGGUAGAAAGGUCGAAAGGAGUGAUUCUGAACAUUUCCUCUGCUAGUGGCACGUUCCCCAUCCCAAUGCUGACCAUCUACUCUGCAACUAAGGCUUUUGUAGAUUUCUUCGCUCAGUGCCUCCAUGAAGAAUAUAAGAGCAAGGGCAUCUUUGUGCAGAGUGUCGUGCCAUACUUUGUAGCUACAAAACUGGCAAAAAUCCGAAGGCCAACUUUGGAUAAGCCCUCCUCACAGACAUUUGUGAAAGCUGCAAUUAAAACAGUGGGCCUGCAAUCCCGCACCAAUGGAUACCCGAUCCAUUCUCUUAUGGGUGCGCUCCAAUCACUCCUGCCUUCUUGGAUCAGUUUUAAAAUGAUCAUGAAUAUGAACAAAGCCACAAAAGCUCACUACCUGAAGAAAAACAAGAAGAACUAGAGAUUGUUAGCAAACAAAAGAACAGCCCGUUGCUCUUUUAACACUGAAAUUGUUGAGCUUAGUUAAUUCACUGAUGAGAGGAUACACUGCAAUUUUCAUUGUUCGGUAUCAGGUUUUCUAUAAAGAUAUACCAAUUUGCACAUUUCCAUGUAACAGUUCUUUCACAAAGGUAUCUAGUGACAUAAAAAUGAUUUACAAAAUAUCAAGCUAUUUCUCUCACAUCAAGCUACUAAAAUUUCCUUUUCCCUAGCGCAUAUUUCUUCUCAGUUGAAAUAUAUCCGAAUGCUAAAAGCUGUGUAGUAUGGCUUAUAAACAUAAAUCGACCAGAUGCCCAUUGAGACAAGCAGUUACUUAGGAUUCCACUAAAAUCCUGACCCAGAAAAGUGGCCCAGUCUUUCCUGUCACUGCAUCAAUACAGCUCACAUGUUAUUUCGAUAACAGUAGUGGUAUUGGAGAAGUAGCGUUAUGCUUUUUCUAUCACUUCCCUGCAGGUAUUGAUAAAUAAAUUUGAAUAAAAACAAUGUGUUGUUGAAAAAUA